AUGGGUUCAAUCAGCAAUUCAUCCAAACCUGUCCCCAAGGGUGCCUGGGACACUCACCACCACAUUUUCGAACCAGAACGAUUCCCAUUUGCAUCAGGAAGACACUUCACUCCUUCAGUUGCAACCCUAGAGCAGCUCAAGGCGUUUGAGAAAUCCAUCGGCGUUUCUCACGUCUGCAUUGCUCACGGACUCUCAUACGGAGCGAACUGCUCCUCCUUGCUCUACUAUCUGGAGCAGUUCAACGGCACAGCCCGAGGUAUCUGCGUCCUCGACCUGGACACCGUAACAGACGAACUACUUGACAAGUACCACGAGGCUGGAAUCCGAAGCGUCAGAUUGGACUUCUUCAAAGCCAACGCUAUGAGCGAUGUCGAGAAGCAAGUCGAGCUCAUUGAGUCCACAGCCAAACGUUUACUACAGUGGCAUGCCAUCGGAAAUAGCUGGAGCAUCCAGAUCCAGCAACCAAACAUUUCUCAUUGGAAAAAGCUCGGCCAGACCAUUCGCAGCUCAAAGUUGCCGGUGGUUCUGGACCACAUUGGACUCGUCAAGGCUGCGAGCAUGACGCCUGCCGACUCCAUACCUGUGAGGGAACAGCCCGGAUGGCAGGAUCUUUUGGAUACUUUGAAGGGAGGAAAUCUAUGGAUCAAGAUAUCGGCGCCAUACCGGUGCUCGCGAGCGGAUCCUUACUUUGAAGAUCUCAAAGAAAUCGUCCAGGAACUCGUCAAGACGAACUCCAAGAGAUUGGUGUGGGGGAGCGACUGGCCACAUACACAGAGACAUGAGGACAGGCAUCUUCGAAGCAAAGAUGAACAGGAACCUUUCCUAAAGAUCGAUAACCCUUCGUGGAUUCAGUCUCUGAGUACUUGGCUCAGUGAGGAGGAAUGGGAGGAUUUGUGGGUUAAGAAUCCCUCCACUCUGUAUGACUAUCCAUUGGAAGCUUAG